UCUUCCAUUCAGAUUAAUUUAUAUUAUUCAAAUAUUAUUUCCCAGACUUCGUUUAGAUCUUUAAUUGGAAUCAAUUUAAACCUUCCUACACCAAAUAGUAUAAAUGCUAAUGUCCAGUUUUAGUGCACAAGGACAUAAACUCUCCUUCAUCCCUGCCUGAGCCAGUUGUUAGCCACUGACCUGCCUCUCUGCUCUAAUGUUGGACAUGGCAGUAAAGCUGGAGGCACAUGUAGCUGCUGCUGCUGCUGCUGCUGCUGCUGUUUCAUCUACUGUAUCAGUAUGUAUGUGUGAGGAAGUUGCAUGCAUUGAGCUUGACUGCUCCGCUGUGGACCCGGUGCCCUGGCCGUACAGUGUCCAUGUUGGUGUGGGAGCCUGAGGCCUGCUCCCAUACAUACUCUGGCUUUGUUGAUCCUAUUGUCUCCUGCGUCACCACACGUCGCCCGGCAAAUAAAGGCCGUCUGGCUCCAAGCUUAAAUAUUGCAGCAAACUAAAAACCAACCAUCAGAGCCGAUUCAUUCACAUCUGCUCAGUGGGGCGACAAGGACAGGGCUUUAGGUGGGAAAGAGGGCAGAAAAAAGUUCACUUUUCCCUGCCGGGUGCCAAGAGAACGGGACAGAACUCAACUUUGCCGGAGCCGCAGCUGUGUGCUACGGACCGAUCAUGGGUGACUGGAGCUUUCUGGGUAACAUUUUAGAGGAAGUUAACGAGCACUCUACGGUGAUCGGCCGGGUGUGGCUCACGGUGCUCUUCAUUUUCCGCAUCCUCAUCCUGGGCACGGCUGCAGAGUUUGUGUGGGGCGAUGAGCAGUCUGACUACGUCUGCAACACGCAGCAGCCCGGUUGCGAGAACGUGUGCUACGACGAGGCCUUCCCCAUCUCCCACAUCCGACUUUGGGUGCUGCAGAUCAUCUUCGUGUCCACGCCGUCUCUAGUUUACGUGGGCCAUGCCGUGCACCACGUCCACAUGGAGGAGAAACGCAAGGAGCGUGAGGAGGCAGAGCUCAGCCGGCAGCAGGAGCUGAGCGAGGAGCGUCUCCCUCUGGCACCCGACCAGGGAAGCGUCCGCACUACGAAGGAGACCAGCACGAAAGGCAGCAAGAAGUUCCGGCUUGAGGGCACUCUGCUGAGGACCUACAUCUGCCACAUCAUCUUCAAGACACUGUUUGAAGUGGGCUUUGUGGUGGGUCAGUACUUCCUGUAUGGCUUCCGCAUCCUGCCGCUGUAUAAAUGCAGCCGCUGGCCCUGCCCCAACACGGUAGACUGCUUUGUGUCUCGCCCCACCGAGAAGACUGUCUUCAUCAUCUUCAUGUUGGCCGUGGCCUGCGUCUCGCUGUUCCUCAACUUUGUGGAGAUCAGUCACUUGGGCCUGAAGAAGAUUCGCUUCGUCUUCCGUAAGCCAGCUCCAGCUCCGGCCCCAUCCCAAGGCGAGGCGUCAGCCCCACUGCCUCCACAAGGAAAGAGCCUGCACCCCCUGGCUGUUCCCGCUCUGCAGAGAGCGAAAGGUUACAGGUUGCUGGAGGAGGAGAAAGCUCCACCCGUAACUCACCUCUACCCGCUGUCUGAGGCCUGCAUGGAGGCCGGCAGAGGGGCCCCGCCCUUCCAGAGCCUGGACGAGAAGGUGGAGGAGGUGCUGCCCAUGGAGGACAUCUCUAAGGUGUACGACGAGACUCUGCCCUCCUACGCCCAGACCACCGAGACAAGCGGGGUGACUUUACACGAGGAGGAGGAGGUGGAGGAGGAGGCGGCCGAGGAGGUGCAGCCGCCAGAGCCGGAAGCAGAGAAGACGGAGGAGGUCGCGGAGGAGGACGCGCCAGUAGAAGACGUGAUCGACGGGGAGGUGGUAACUCCGGUGGAAGCAGGAAUGGAGGCCGCGGAUACGAUAGAAGACACCAGACCGCUGAGCCGACUGAGCAAAGCCAGCAGCAGGGCCAGGUCAGACGAUCUCACCGUAUGAACCUGUGAGAGAAAAGCACACGUACACCUGCACAAGCAAAAGAGAGAGAGAGCACACACACCUAACUCAAGACAAUGCACACUCUUGAACAGGCAGGUCGAAAAACCAAUCAACAGGGAUAGAUUGAAACAAGACAACAAGUUACAAAAAAAAAAAUCUGAGUGUUUGUGAUAAAAAUGAAACAUCAUAAAAAGUAGAAGUUAAAGACGGGAGGAGUAGGUUUUUUUUUAUCAAGUGUGUUCUUAUAUAUAAAAAGAAAAUAUGGAAAGGACACACACGGGGGGGAGGGAAAUGUUUUUACUUGAUGAAAAUUCAUGUUAAACUUUUGGAGACAUCUUUUCUAUUGAAAGAGUUAUAAUCAUACACAAUGGAGGAGUAGACAUUUUUACAUGGGGUUUGAGUAGCUCGGGGGGAAAAGAGUUAUACUAUACUUGUGUGUCUGCAGAGCAGUUCUUCUGCAACAGUUAGGCACUGACAUUCAUUCCCAUUCAGGCAGUGACAUUCUGCAAAUGCAGCAUGUGGCUGUAGGCCUUGCGGGGGGUGAAGGCUCUCGCACAUAUGACAAAGUGCGGGUCCCUUUUCAAGUAUAUCAGCUCUUUGGAAAAGACGCAGUCCGUUUUCAGGUUGAGAAGAGCCAAACUCCAUUUGCACAUUCAGACGUUUCGACUCUGUGCAAGGGCUUUAACCCUCAUAACACCUCAUCUAUGCAUCCAUUUACACGGGAUUCUUUCAAGUGAAGAGAGAUGUGCAUCAAUUUCAGAGCAUUUCUCUCCUUUUUGUGUUUAUAUACCAAGUAGCACAGGCAGAGCUGAGUUAGUGAGGGGGGGAAAAAAGGAAAAAAAAUAAAAAAAGACCACAUGUUGAAUGUCUUUUUAAAUGUGAUUCUGCAUCUCUUCAUUAUUUUAGAUUUGCUCUUGUUAUGUAGCCUUUAAGAAAGCUGUGUACUGUGAUAUCAGCCGUCAGUGGAAGAGAGAGCAGGGCUCGCUUCGCCCAAUCAGAGAAUGAACUAUGGUAGCGACCUCAGGCCAAAUCCUCUCUUUUCGUGCUGUACAAACAGGCGUCCAGCCGAUAAAGAUCACGCACCAUCAGCACAAAGUAUUGUUGGAGGCGAGACAAUAAAAGAAACCACGAUCAUCAAUGAAAACAAGCAUCCUUGACCAGGCUGUGAAAAAAAAAACCCUUCUGCUUGAUUUUAUGUGAGUGUAGUCGAUCCUUACCACGCAUGAAAACACAAUAGUUUUAGGCAGGCUUACAAAUUCAGAGAGAAACAAACAAGUAGGGUCACUGUACAUAACACCCCACGCUCAUGCCUGAUCAUGUACAUAAUGCGAGGAAAUGUAUUUCCUAAUCUCACAAACCCAACACAGUGGAGGCAGAAAAUGGCGAUGCAGCAGUACUGUGCAUCUACCCGUGCAAAGAGUUUUAAUACAAAUUACAUUAAGCCUUAAAAUUUGUUUUAUCACAGACCUUCACACGUUCUCUGGCUUUGUUUACUGUUUGAUUGCCUGUGCCUUAUCUGUAAAUGUAAAAUCUCAAAUGUUGUACAAUGUGUAGCAAGUGGUGAUAUUGCUCUGGGACCUACUGUCUGUAAAUGUUUUAUUUGCUAUUGUUUUUAUUUUUUUUAUUUGUUACUUUUCUUUCUGUAUGUGACCCCGCGGCAUGCACACAAACCCACACGCACACACACACACAUAUAAAACCAUGUCUCUGUUAUACAGCCAAGAUGGUUAAACUAUGAGCAUCAUACGUGCGUUAAGUUGCACGUUGGUGGGCACACUGACACAAUGUUUACGCCCAAACGCGCGCCUUCGUGGUACACACACAUACACACACACACACACACACACACGCACACACACCUCACAGUGUUGGUUUUGGGGGUAUGAACAAACGGUAACUCAGAAAGAAAAGGCAACUUCGACCCCUUUGUGAGCCCCAUAAUCUCCUCACCUCCCACAAUCCACUGCAGCGGAAUCUGAGCCUUCGCUGUGUCACCUGAAACACGCGAAAACGUAAAACAAUGAUGUUAUGAUCAAGGCACGACGCCGGUCCUUUUGUACAUCAACGUGACUGGUAAUGUAUGACUUUUUUGUAUUUUAAACCCGUUGCAUUGCCUUUGUGUUUGUAAGAAGACAUGAUUAAUCUUUGGAAAGAAAACAAACAAACGGGGGGAAAAAAAAAUAUAUCCUUUUUACUAACUUGUAGUCUUCUUUGCUGAUAGAUGUGUGGCAGUAUCUUCUCUUGGAAUGUGAACCGACACAAUAAAAAGUCACAAGUGGUCAA